AUGUGACGUGUCCGCCUGCUGCAGAACCGGAUGCUGGUGGCUGUCCAGUGUGGAUGACAGAUGCAGCGUAAAGUGCCACAGAGGGGAGAGAUAACCGUGUUAAUCUGCAGAGAAGACUGGCGGCUGUGAAGAUGUUGCUGUGGCUGCUCGGAGCUGCGCUGCUGGGUCGGGCGGCCGCCUUCUACCUCCCGGGUCUGGCGCCCGUCAGCUUCUGUCAGCCUGGAACAGACCAGGUUCCAGACUGCAAGACGAUCAUCGAGCUGUUUGUGAACAGGCUGGAUUCAGUGGAGUCUGUUCUGCCAUAUGAAUAUACUGCGUUUGACUUUUGCUCAGAGAAAACAGUGAAACGUCCAUCAGAGAAUCUGGGCCAGGUUCUUUUUGGGGAGAGGAUCGAAGCCUCACCAUACAAGUUUGAGUUCAAGAACCCCGCCGCGUGUCAGAAGGUGUGCACCAGAACCUACGACACCACCAACCCAACAGAAAAAUCCAAACUGGAAUUCCUCAAGAAAGGCAUGUUACUCAACUACCAGCAUCACUGGAUUGUGGAUAACAUGCCGGUCACCUGGUGCUAUGAUGUCGAAGAUGGACAGAAGUUCUGUAACCCUGGAUUCCCUAUUGGCUGUUACGUCACAGAAGCAGGCCGACCCAAAGAUGCCUGCGUGGUCAAUUCUAACUUUAAUGAAAAGGAUGCCUUUUACAUCUUUAACCAUGUGGACAUCACCAUCCAUUACCACAUCGUUGAGCACGAACAACUUGGAGCUCGAUUGGUUGCUGCAAAGAUUGAACCCAAAAGCUAUGAAAAUCCUAAUGAUGACAGCCCUGAUUGCUCUGGGGGGCCAAAGUUCCUGAAAAACAAACAAGCAGGAGUGUUCAAGAUCCCAUACACUUACUCUGUCAGAUUUGUGGAAGACAAAAAUAUUCGCUGGGCGUCUAGAUGGGACUACAUCCUGGAGUCAAUGCCUCACACCAACAUCCAGUGGUUCAGCAUAAUGAACUCGUUGGUGAUUGUUUUGUUCCUGUCUGGAAUGGUAGCCAUGAUCAUGCUGCGGACUCUCCAUAAAGACAUCGCCAGAUACAAUCAGAUGGACUCUGUGGAGGAUGCCCAGGAGGAGUUCGGAUGGAAGCUGGUCCACGGAGAUGUUUUCCGACCUCCCAGGAAGGGAAUGCUGCUGUCUGUUUUCCUCGGCUCUGGAACGCAGAUCUUCAUUAUGACCUUUGUCACCCUUUUCUUUGCCUGUCUUGGGUUCCUUUCUCCGGCAAACCGUGGGGCUCUGAUGACUUGUGCUGUUGUUCUCUGGGUCCUUCUGGGAACCCCUGCUGGAUAUGUGGCUGCUCGCCUCUACAAAUCUUUCGGAGGAGAGAAGUGGAAGACCAACGUUCUGCUGACAGCCUUCCUCUGCCCUGGGGUGGUAUUUGCAGAUUUCUUUGUGAUGAACUUGAUCCUGUGGGGCGAAGGGUCUUCAGCAGCCAUGCCAUUUGGGACCCUGGUAGCCAUAUUGGCCCUUUGGUUCUGUAUCUCAGUGCCACUGACCUUUAUAGGAGCAUACUUUGGCUUCAAGAAGGCAGGGAUUGAGCACCCAGUGCGGACGAAUCAGAUUCCUCGUCAAAUCCCAGAGCAGUCAUUCUACACAAGGCCUUUCCCUGGGAUCAUCAUGGGUGGAAUUUUGCCUUUUGGAUGUAUUUUUAUUCAGCUGUUCUUCAUACUAAACUCCAUCUGGUCCCACCAGAUGUACUACAUGUUUGGCUUCCUUUUCCUGGUCUUCAUUAUCCUGGUCAUCACCUGCUCUGAGGCCACCAUCCUGCUCUGCUACUUCCACCUAUGUGCUGAGGACUACCAUUGGCAGUGGCGUUCCUUCCUGACCAGUGGCUUCACUGCUGUCUAUUUCCUGGUCUAUGCCGUUCAUUACUUCUUCUCGAAGCUGCAAAUCACUGGACUGGCCAGCACCAUCUUGUACUUUGGAUACACCAUGAUCAUGGUUCUCAUCUUUUUCUUAUUCACUGGUACUAUCGGCUUCUUUGCCUGUUUCUGGUUUGUUACAAAGAUCUACAGUGUGGUCAAAGUGGACUGAAGGAUACAAAAGCACAACGGACUAUACAUGAGGUUACGUUCUCCCAUCAACCUUUGGAGCAUUCAGCACUGUCAAACUGAACGGAGAAUUACAACCUGAACAUUCACCUCCUCGUGCAGAGAGGCCUCCGGCCGACGAGAGCAUGUGUACACUGGGUUGUAAUUUUGUACAUACAGUAUCUAUCUGCAUAUAAUCUGAAUGAAAUGAAUCAUAACUGUACACGCCUCUUCCCAAUAUGUGACACACAGAAAGGUUAGUUUAUACCAUGCUACCUUCACAGAGUGCAGUGAGCUAUUGGCGUUGGACUGUCCACAGACUGUGUCAGCGGUCAUGUCAUGCAUUUUAGGUUUGUUUCAAAAUCCGUGCACACUGUUUGCAGAAUUAUAGUCCUACAAAUAAAACUGUGAGGGUGUGCUUCUUGACGGCUACUUCCUCUCACUGGUGAUAUUAAAUGUGUGCACAGGUGUGGAAUAUGCCGGUGUUACUAUUUUAAAUGUGAUUUUUGUGCAACGCAUCUCUGAAGAAGCUUUAGCAAUCUGCAGUCGCACGUUGUGUCUAAAAAAUGUGUCUACGUGCACAUUUCUACACAGUUUAUGUCUAAAUGGGUCUAUAUGGCUGUUCCUUUCUAAAGGCUACUCCAACUGCAGCCGCUCCUUUUGUUUAAAAUUUGAAGGUGACAACUUGUGAGUGCUUUGUCGUUCCCACUUUUCUCAAAGUAUUGUGGAACAGUUAUCAUUUCUGAGUUUCCGGGAUGAACUGAUGAAGUCUGACGUUUUGGAAGUCAUAGUUUGACCGCUUGUGCACAGUGCAGGGCAAUAUGAACCUAUUUCAGAGAAAGUAUUACAUUCUGAUCUAUCAGAAAGCCAGAAAGUCCAGUCCCACUUUGGCGCUAGGGGCAUGUUGAUGUGUCAGGAUACAUCCUUGUCCUGUUUCCCAGCAACAACUUGUAUUCUCGCUCCAAACAAGCUGCAAUGUUAACGUACUCGCUCCUGAGAGAGCUUCUUCUCAGCCACUCAUUUUGUCUGCAUGAUGUGUUCAGUGUGUGCUGAGAGCAAGAAAUUUAAUCAUGCUCCAGUCAGCGUGCCAUGCCAUCACACAAAGCACACACAAAUGCUUUGUGUGAGUCUUUAGUUUAGCUUAAGACUCAUGGGAGCUGUAAUUCUUCAGCUAGGGCCAACAAAUCUUACCAGCAGGCAGUAGUUAAAUACCCAUUAGGCUUACAUUUAGCGCAGAAAACAUGAAUAUCAUGUUGGCUCAGCUUUUUAAAAAGACUGAUUAAAAAAACAACAAAAAAAAAAAACACUUUGCUGCAAAAAUACAAGGUUAUCCCCAGGCUAGUGGUAUACAAGUAGUGGAAUCCUGUAGUAAUUUCAUUUCUCUCAAUGACCUAGCAGAUGAUGCAAACUAAGGACUUGUAUAUUUUAAACAAGUGUUUUUUUUUUUUUGGUUACAUGCAUUUCUCUAUACUGAGCUCAUUUAAAAAAACCAAACCAAAACACAAGGAAAACCAUGUUUCCAAAAUCUUUCACUCAGAACGCAAUGACCUAAAAAAAAUCUGUAGCGUUACAGCAUGUAUCACUGUUGUCUUAAUUUUUUUGUUUUCUUUUGUUGCAUAAACCAAUAAGACACCUC